AUGCCCGUACAUACCUUUCUUUUUUUCGCAAUAUCCACCCUUCCGGUUGUCCGCGCAGAUGGCUGGGACGACUUUUCGAACAAUCUGGCCACCGAUCUCGCGCCGUUUCUAUCUCUCUUUGGUGAGCAGGUAACGAAGCAGUUUCUCAGUGAGAGCAUCUCUAUGCUUGAUUAUUUUAUUUUCGCAAUGGCGCCAAUGGGCAUCUUGACAGCGGUUGUCUCUGUAAUUCGAGUGUGUGGAAGCGCGUCGCUACGCGCCUUCAUCGGUAGAGCUCAAGAAGGAGCCGGAGAUGCAGAGGCUGAAUUGUGCUCUUCUACAAGCCGGGAUGUGUGUGAACUCUACAACAAGGGUGGCAUUGCGCGCGUCUUCGGCCGUCCGAAGAUUCUGGAGAUCAUUCACGACCCGGAUCACGGUUUCCACGACGAGAAGGCGGGGAUAUACACAUUUCAAGAAUACGUCCAGAGAAAAGGCAAGAACGCGUGGUAUAGGAAAAAACCAAAUAAAGGGCAAAAAGACGCCGAGUCAGCCCCGAAAGAGGAGCCUCCCCAGACAGCGGCUGCUCCGAACCUCUCUCUCAACAUCGGGAUCAAGAAACUAUCGGAUACUGCUUUCUGGGCAAUUGCUCUUGCCGGCCUCGUUCUACAGGGCGGUGUUUUGGUUUUCGCUGGAGUUGUGACAUACUACUUAAAAUGGGAGAAGGAUGGCGGUCGUCCAGAGUCCUAUGCAUGUCCACUGGUGAUGAUUGGUACUCUUCUUGUCUGCAGUGGGAUGUUUUAUUGCGCGUUUCUCAUCGGUCAGAGUACGGAUGAGGAAGUCUGGGAACGUAAUGAUCACGACAUAUCAUCGAUGUAUUGGGUCCAGCCUGGAGGCCAAAUCGUUGGCGAUCAAACUUUUGACGCCUUCUCUUACACGGAUAGCGAAGAUCCCAAGAUUCGGUUGCAACAGUAUACGACUUCAAGGAAGAACGUGUCUGUGGAUUCGAAACUUGAAGUUUGGAUAGCCGUUGGCAUCACCAUCUCUGGCUUCGUCCUCCAGUUUAUCGGCCUACGUGGUAUACACUCAACAGUCUCUGUGGCCCAACUGGGUGUCGUUAUGGUGAUGAGCAUGGCUCGGGCUGCACUCCGUAUGCGGCGGGUUGAGCCAGACGCCAACUCCUUUGCUAAGUUUCCUGACGAAGUGCUUGGGCAUGAACUAGACUGGCUCGCCUUGCGCAUUGGCCAAAGGGAUAUCCGAGAUGCCCUAGAAUGCCCAUCACGGGGCUCAUCGCCCCCUAGUCUAUCCUUCAGUUCAUCAUCUACCCUGUCACCUUCCGACUCUCCUUCUGACCCUCGAGUCCGUUACUUCUGGAGAUUUUGUGGUGCAUCUGACCUCACGGACAGAAUAAGGUACAAACAAUCACCCUCUCACGAGUCUCCAAAUGCCGCCGCUAAAUUAUUAGCGUAUCGGACCCGCCUGGCAGAGCUUACAUCUUCAUCUCCUGCCCUUCCUACAUCGGGUGCAAUGGAUUUCAAGACUGAAAUGGUUGAGGUUCGACGCGAGAGUCAGAAACUUGCUGAUUUAAUCGAGGCUACCGUGAAUACAAUAUUCUCAAUAGCCAAGGUCAAGAAUGAGUGGAAGGAAGCUCAAUCGAUGUAUUGGGGCAUUAAAUGCACCCUUUGCUCCAAGUCAACCGACCUGUUUGACCAACCCAAGGACGCCGUGGUAUCUCGAAAGCAGUAUACCGUUUACCUAGAGCUCACUCGUUCAAAAGAUUCGGAAGAUUUCAACAGCGUGGGAAACCCCUGGAAACUCAAAGACACUGGGAGACUAGAGCUGGAAGGACUCCUGGGGCUGUGGAUCUGGUCACUCAAAUCUGAUCCAGCAAUAGAAGCCAAAGACCCAGAGACUGGCUUCACCAAAUCUGGAGCUGCUGGUGUUGAUGCACGACAGAUUGUUUCAACCGAUCAGAAUUUCACAGAAUCGGCUUUAAGAAUAUGGCUCGGUGGCGAUACAAACAGUUUCACGAAACACAAACUUUAUUGUACACCCACUGAUCACGGCGACGCGAGUACCAUAUGGAAUACUGAUAUGGAGGAAAUCUGGAAGCCCUUAUCAGCCACGCGGCCUGGCCAACAGCAAAUUCGUUUCUUUGGUUGGAACGCUGCACAGUUCUCGCAGAUUCAAACCCCCGAGGUAUUUGGUCUUUGGUCAGUCCCGACAAAAUCUUCGCUUCUAUCAUCAUGUACCAAGGAAGUGUUUGCAUCAUUAACCACGUGCGUUCUUGGCGCCGUGGACGACAUUGGAAGCAUUGAUAUUCAAGAAGCGGAUACUUUUCGACUGGAGAGCAGCUUGGUGACUGAGAUUGUCAAGUUGUUUACAGAGAUGGAUCUAGGCUCAAGACAGGAGGCUCUAACCUGUGUUGUGCCUCUGUUGAUAUCUCGACUUAAGAUUUCCUCUGCAGAAAAUGUCUUAGCAGCCGCAAGAAGAAACGCAAAUAAGCAUCGACGGGGCAAACGGUGGGAAAAGGCACAAGCAGUGCUACGGUGGGCAUGGGAGAUUUGUACUCGGUUUCAGCCUUCUCAUACAUAUACAGUUGACGGGGACGAUCGUCACCUACUGAGUCCCAAAGACACACUUGCGAAACAAGCGGCCAUUGCACUAGGAGAGUUAUACCGGUGGGCUUUGGUGGAAGAAGACAAGAAAAAAUUCGGCAACGAUGGUAUCCAAUGGCUCAAGGAACAGAAGUCUAACCAAUUGGAAUCUACGUGCGAAGUGAUAGAUCGCUAUGCUGAAAUUGCAAAUGGAAUCGAACGAGAUGAAUGCGGUGGCGCUGAACUUUCCGCGGCGAUUGAAACAGGUUCUUUGACUACAACCUUGAUCUCUCUCACGCGACCGGAAUUUAAGAUGGACAGCAAACAGAAAGGGAACGCCCUUUGUUUGGCGGCCAAGCACGGAUGGGUCGAGGUGACACUUGCCUUGCUCGAAUUAAGUGCCGAACCGGAGUUUAAAGACUCCACAGGAAGAACGCCACUCUCAUACGCAGCAGAGAAAGGGAGUCUCGGCGUUGUCAGGGAAUUGAUCGAUUGGGGGAGCUUCCCAAACUCGGAGGACUCCAAACACAGGACACCUCUGUCAUAUGCGUCAGAAGUAGGAGCUAGCGAUGUAGCUGAGCUAUUGCUAAGAGAUCUACGUGUUUCUCCAGACCCCGCAGACAGUGCUGGAUGUACGCCGCUCUUGUGGGCGGCAAAAAAUGGGCAUGAAAUCAUCGUCAAUCAGCUGCUCAAGACCGGCAAAGUCAACCUAGAUCAGAAGGACAGUGAUAAACAGACACCGAUAUGGCACGCGGCAAAGAAUGGACAUGGAGCUGUCGUUAAGCAGCUACUCACCAUGGGUCAGGUUGGCCUAAACCAGGAGGAUAGAGAUGGGUUCACGCUGCUAGGGAGGGCAGCAAAGGACGGGCAUACGGCUGUCGUUAAAGAGCUACUCGCGGCCAAGCAGGUCAAUCUGGACCCGAAGGAUAGAUAUGAGUACACGCCGCUAUUUUGGGCGGCAAAUAACGGGCAUACGGCUGUCGUCAAGCAGCUACUCGAGACUGGCCAGGUUGAUCCAGACGUGAAGGACAGGCAUGGGUACACGCCGCUAUUGUGCGCGGCAAGGAAUGGGCAUGAGCCCAUCGUCAAACAGCUGCUCAAGACCGGCAAGCUCGACCCGAAUCGGAAGAAUGCAAGUGGAGAGACGCCGUUAUUGUUGGCGGCAAGGAAAGGCCACCAAGCUGUCGUCAAUCAGCUGCUUCAGACCGGCGAGGUCGACCCAGACGCCAAGAGCGGUUAUAUGCAGACGCCGCUAUGGUGGGCGGCAAGGGAAGGGCACGAAGCUGUCGUUACACAGCUACUCGCGACCCAUCAGGUUGACCCAGACGCGAAGAGCGAUGAUGGACGUACGCCGCUAUGGUGGGCGUUAAAGAACAAGCAUGAAGCUAUUGUUACACAGCUACUCGCGACCCGCAAGGUUGACCCGCACCCAAAGGAUAAACAUGGGAAUACACCGCUAUGA